CAUUUGUAUGUGUUACACCGGAAGUGAAAGGAAUGACAUUCUUCAACAGGACAAACACGAGACUGUCAUGUCUGCCACAAUGAUGCUGUCUUGCUGAAUGCAUUGACAGGUAGCUUAUUGGAUUAUAUCGUUAUUGUAAAUAAUAAACAUGACAGCGUUAACGUGUAGAUUUAUCAGACUUACUGAUUCUCUGCUAAGAGCACCGCCAGUGCUCAUCUGCCGAACUGGAACACCACUGAAGAGUAGAGCUCCUGUUGUACAUUGUGUAAGGACACAUCAGACAGACACCUGGUGGGAUGAGCACCUCACAGAAGAUAAUGCUUCUUUCCUAAAAAAGACUAUCGGGGAGGAAUACAGACAACAGGUUACAGACAAACUCAAUCCGCUCAAGGACGAGCCCUGGCCCAGGCAUGAGUGGGUGGAAGGGAGUCGGAGAGUCGGCCUUGUGGCUAUUAAACUCGGAAUGAUGCCUGUGUGGACCAAAUCUGGAGAGAGGCACGUGGUCACCAUGCUGAAGGUAGAGGAUUGUCAUGUAGUUAAACACCUGUCUAAAGAAGACUUUGAUGGGCGCACGGCGGCUCUAAUGGUUGGAGGAAAAAACGUCUCUCCAUUUCAUAGGACAGACGAAUCUUUAGAGAUUUUCCGCAAUGCAGGAAUUCCCCCUAAACAGAAGGUCACCACGUUUUGUGUGACGGACAACGCUAUCCUCAAACCAGGAACUCCUCUUUAUGCAGCUCAUUUCCGUCCAGGCCAGUAUGUGGACAUAACAGCCAAAACUAUUGGAAAGGGUUUUCAGGGUGUGAUGAAGCGCUGGGGGUUCAAAGGUCAACCUGCUUCCCAUGGACAAACCAAGACGCAUAGGAGACCAGGCUCCCUGGGACCGGGAGGGGACCCAGCCAAAGUUUUCAAGGGAAAAAAGAUGCCAGGCAGGAUGGGAAACGUUUACGACACCACUCACGGCUUAAAGGUAUGGAGAGUGAACACCAAAUAUAACGUCCUAUAUGUCAAUGGAUCUGUACCCGGCCACCGCAACUGUAUGGUUAAGGUCAGGGACUCGAUUCUGCCAAAUCGAUUGGAGAAAAACAAAAACCCACCGUUUCCCACCUUCUUCGCUGAUGGAGAUGAGGAGCUCCCUGAAGACCUCUUCGAUGAAGACAUGUUCCAGUUUGGGGAGCCCAUACCUGAAUGAGGUUGUGACCCCAGACCUGUUCAGGAGCGUCGUUUGACUUUUGAACUGGCUGGCUCGAUUUCAUCUAGUGGCUUCAGUGCUGCUGGGAUUUUAAGAUGUGACGGCCAUACAAAAGAACUUUUUUGAAAAGUGAUUGAUUUUGUGAAACACAAUGUUUCAUGUUAUGCUUUGUAAACUCUUAUUUUUCUGUGUAAUGCAAUAUACACAGUGUUAAGUGUUUUUGCGUAUUUAAACAAUAAAACCCAUUUGAUAUAA